AUGGUUUCCUUACUAAAUGGUGCAGCAUUGACAGACCUUGCAAUAGACACUCUAUUUGACAUUAAUUCCAUUGUAUCCAGUGUCUUACACCUUGUUCUUCUACAAGAAGUGCCAAUUGUACAGAACCAUCAAGAACUAGAGUCACUACUGCGCACUGCUCGAGGAAAACAAGAUGUCAUAUUCAGUAAGGUGAUGGCCAUUGGGACACCAGAGCAUAGAGCAUUUAUGGAAGCUGCUUUUGCUUAUGGUCACCGGUAUAAAUUUUUAGUGACUACUAGUGUAAGAAAUGUUUUGAAAGAGAGUGAUGCUGAAUUGUGGGAUGAGACGAUUGUUGGUGUUUGGCUGUUUCAGUGCAAACAAACAUUACCCCAUGAAGACUGCCCUCGUAAGACCUACCGUGGAAUUCUUAGGGUGAAUGAAUUUCCUACAUUCAUGAAAGCUCUUGACAUGCCUUUGAUUAGCAAAAUUGAAAAUGGUGGAAGCAGUCUUCAUAUGGAUCUGAAGAUACCUACAGUGAUACUAGUAACUAAACUUGAGAGGUUCCCUAAAGGAGAGGAGGCAAUUGCCGAGGUUGCUGACGAGUACCUCGGCAGUGUUGGAUUUGUCAUCGUUGAUGUAAAUUUUGUUGAUACAGCAACAAUACCAUCUCUGAGAAUAGACGCUUUCUUCCGGCAAAGUGAUAUACCAUUCUUAGUAAUGCAUCCUGGGCGCUCAGAAAAUUCGUGA